UGUCUCGUGCUUUUACAUCAGUAAUCACAGAUGAUUCUUGAUCUCCAUCUUCCACAUUUCUGUGAUGUUAAGAUAUUUAUUCUGGUUUCUGCUCCUCUGUGUUUGGGAUUAUCCAUGCUGGCAUUAUUUGCGGAUUGCCCGUCAGCCUCCGGUUUCUUUUGCUGAUAUUUCUGAAACCGUGCUUCUAAAUUACAAGUAUGAAAGUUUCCUCAGCCCCGGGUGAAGCACAGUGUGAAAAGCCCUAAUAAAGCUUAGAAACUGUAAUAUGUUACAAUGCAGAAUCCAAAUGGUCUCUACCUGUACAAAUUAAAGAUGCUAAUAAUGAUAAUUAUAAAUGAGUUCAUUUUUAAUUAAUUAAUGUUAUUGUCUGUUGUUCUUGCAAUGCUGUGUUCUUGUGCAGAGGUGGUGCUAAAUUCUAAUUCUUCAUCAUCUCCUCCACCAUCCAGCACCAUCUCCACUCCAAUCUCCUGCCUCAAAACUGUGGUAAUAUCGUGGUUACGGAUUUCAUUCAUUGCACUGUGUGCUCUUUGCUGGUUUGAAAAUGGGGAUUAAAGGACUCCUUUUUUGCCUUGUUCUGGGUCUGGCCUUGGUUAGGAUCUACAGCAUAAAGGUUUUGGAAAACAUGAAGGAUCUAAAAGAACAUACAGACUUUGGUAAACAUUAUCCAAGACAAGGUCUUGAGCUUCUGUGCCUUCUUCUUGGCGAAGGUAAAAUUGACCAAAAUGGAAAACUACGCCUCAAUUUCACUCCCAAAAAUAGAACUUAUGGCUUUCAUAAAUAUGAAAACAGAGAUUCGACCUUACCAGACCUGUCUAAUACAGGUUUAGAGUAUUUUAUUUUGGGCAAUCUCUGUCAUAAAAAAGCAUACAAACAAUUACCUAAAAGUAUUACUAAGAUGUUCUACAAAAUAAGGAAUCAUCCCCAAAGCAACAUUGACCGAGUUCUGAUUCAAACUCAUAAGAAUGACCCAACAUUAGUGGAGGAAGUGUUCAUUACACAGCACCCUGAGGACAAAAACCUGGGCAAUGAUUAUGUUAAAGAUCUUACCUACAAGAUUGGCAAAGAGCUGCUCAAAGAAAUCGCAGAGUUAUGUCGACAUGAUAAAGAGGGCAGCGAUCGAAAACGUGAUCAAAAUGAUCCUGAUGAUGAAAAAUUUCAGAAAAUACAAGAACGGUUUCCAGAUAUUUCCUAUGCCCACUUCUUUCUGUACCAGGCAGGCUAUGAUCCUGAUAAGAAUAUCGAAGAAUGUGAAACAUCAAAUCGAGCCAAUUCACACAGACGAAUGCUCGAGCUGAGAUCCUCACUGAAUGGGCAGGUGACGAUUGUGUGGGAUUGGAUCCCAACUGAAGUGAUGGAAAGGGAGAUGAAAAUAUGUGUUUACAAAGGCAAAAAUUCAGACAUGCCUUUGGUGGAGUAUCCACUUGAUGGAAGACUGUGUGGAGAAAUAGACACUCACUUGAUUUCAAGUCCUGACCUUGAACUUCGUCUUCAACCUAUCACCACUUCUGAUUCCUUUGAAAAUGAUGAGCGUGAAAGUGACCAUACAGUACCUACAGCUGUGGAGGUGUCCUUCACCUUCAGCAAGUUGUUUUCUCUGAUCCUCUAUCCUGUCAGCAGUUGGUACUCACUGUUUAUGGUGCUGCUAAGUAUUGUGGUAAUUGUAAUUGUUAGAAGCAUGAUUUCUAGAGUGACUGAAUCCACACCGAGAGCCGAGCCUCACUUUGUGAGAGUGUCGCAUGGUAGGCCAGGUUUCUGAAACAAUUUUUUCCCUAAAUUUAAAGCAACUAUGAGUGAAGCGGUAGCGUUAUGAGUAGAAAAACUCGGACAACAUGCUGUUGUUUGUGCUGCAGCUUUAAAGAUUUCUUAAAUCAUUAUAAGUCAGUCUGAUUAUUAACUAGGACCCAGAAGCUAAAUUAUUAGAUUUUAGACUAGUGUGCAAAAAUUGUGGUACCACAAUCACACUUAUACCUUAGGCAUUACUGCCUUAGUUAUUAUUUGGAGCUUGAAGUUACACAUUUCAGCCAAAGAAGUCUCCAAAUCUCAAAAAUGUACAUAAUGUUGCUUCAUUAGGAAUUACAUUUAUUAGAGCAAGCAUAAUACAUGCAAGUUUCUCUGAAAAAUAUUUAGAUUCUUUAGAUAAAAUUCUCACAUUUCUACUAUUAUAUUGCACUUUAGCACUAUAGACUACUGACCAAAAUUCAUAAACUCAACUCAUAACAAAAUUCAACUCAUAUUUCAGUUCAGUUAUAGAACUUUUAACGCUGGACAUCAUCACAAAGUAGCUUUACAGAAAUGUAUAAAUUCAGGAUAUAAACAAUAAAUUUUUGUUCCAUUAUACAGACAGUUGUUUAAAAUGAAUCUGUUAAGGAAAUGGUUCCCUAGUCUUAUUUUAAUGAAAUAAUGUCUACUUGAACCGAAUGUGUUCCAUCAGUGAAAAUUAGGUUCUCAUUAAGAAAGAUCCAUAAUAUUACUGGAGACAUUUAAAACAAACAAACCUAAUAUCUGAUCAGUUCCUAAAAGAUUUGUAGUGGAUUUUAAUCAUUUUCUAAAUAUCCCUCGAAUGUUUCUGUCCUUAAUUAUAAUGUACUGUAAUUUUACAUGGAUGGUGGAAAAAGGUCUGAUAUGAUUUAUCCUGGCUGCAUUUUAUUACAUCACAACAACUUACCAUUGUGUGUAGACUUUUUAUAUCCACUGUAGGUUCAUAGAAAAAUAGAGAUUAUUCAAAUACACACACACACACACACACACACACAAUCAUGUGACAAAAUCAGCACUCUGUGACAUUUUUCAAACCAACAUCUAUAUGAAGAAAUUGUAGAAUCAUUAUUCCUGAUAUUUUUUUUAUUGCUUUUGAUUCCAUUCACACCGGUUUAAAUGAAGACUUGAGAUGUAGUAUUCAAUAGGAUCAGAUAUAGUAUGCACCAUUUAACAACAAUCAAUGUUUUCUGCUUGGUUUCUACUUGGUAAAUAAUGUAAAUAUGUUCAUAAUUACAGGACGAUUCAUUUCGCAGUUUUGUGUUUAUGGUACUUUUGAAUCCUCACAGCUUGACACUUGAAAACACAUUUGCAACUUAAUUAAUUUGCAUUACAUGAGAUUAAUCCGAUACAUAAUUAAACCUUUAUUUUAUUUUUUAAUUUCAUGUUUUCACUCUUACACAGACUGUAUAAAUGUGUGUUUAUGCAAAUAUUGUUUAAUUUAAAUGCAUGACUGAAUUUUAAAUGAUGUAUUAAUGAUAGAAGUAUUCAAAGUAUUGAAUUAUGAAGAUAUUCAACUGUUUUGUAAGUCGCUUCGAAUAAAAGCAGCUGUUAAAUGACUGAAUGUAAAUGUAAUGCACUUGCAAAUAAUGUGCACUGGAACAGAAAUUAUACCAAUAAAAUAUAUGAAU